UUACCAUUAGAACUGACCAUAAGCGGCCGCCAUGUUGUUUGUUUUCAAGUUUAGUGGAAGACAAGCGAAGUCGGCGCGCCUUGCCUCUCAUAAAGGCCUUUUAACAAUUAUGGAAAACCUGGAAUCCAUAUUAGAGGAACUAGAAAAGUUUGAAAAGAAGAGUGGAGGUGUACCAAAGCUCUUGGAGGAGUAUGUUCAGCAUGUUGCCAAAACAGGAGACACAGUGUUUCCAUGGCACCGAAUACGAAAUUUUAUGCGAUACAUGCUAGAAACCGUGAUGAAUGAGUUUUAUGAAAAUUGUGGUGGGGAGGACAUAAGCGAGUGUGGCAACGUGCCGGCCUUCUCGUACACGACGACACGCGAUAAGUUAUUACACCACUUUGAUAGUUUCUCUGGUGCACCGUUUACCAUACAGAGGCUGUGUGAGAUAAUGGUAGACCCCACUAGACACUACAAGCGGACAGACAAGUUUUUACGAGGGUUAGAAAAGAAUGUACUGGUGGUAUCUAAUAUUGAACCUGGCCGGCAGCGGCGCAGUGAGGACUCUCAACAGACCCUAGUCAAUGGCUUGCAAGAUGGUGGACUACACACAUCGCCCCUCUCCGUCUCUUCGGCAACUUCACCAAUGUCACAUCACCCCAAGAGGCUAUCAAUAACGCAGUCUGCAAACUCCAUAACAAAUAAUGCUAGUGAGUCUUACAGUCGGGAAAUUGGUGACAGUGAAAACCAGGUAACAGGCUCGGAAGCUAAUGGUCCCAGUGGUCUGCAUAGAGAUGAAAUAACCAAUGACUCUUUGAAAGAAACAGCCGAACCUCCUUCCAAGAAGGUUAAAACAGAAAGUCGCAUUGAAGAAAAAGCAACAGGGUCUGCAGAAGAUUUGUCACAGAUAGAGGAAAAGAGUGACUCUUUUAAUACUUCCAGUGAUGCUGAGAGUAUGGAAGCUGAAGCCAGUGAAGAUGACAGUGAGAGCAGCAGCAGCAGCAGCAGUAACUCUAAUAGUGCCAAGACAGAAUCCAUGGACUCUAGAGAAGCAGAGGCCACGUGUCAUUCAGUGAGAAGCAAUGCAAAGGAAACAAAGGUGUCCCUAGAUAGACUUGGUCAGCAAGUAGGCACCAGUGAAUUAAUUACAGAGGAUUCUGCUCACCUCACAGAGGAAGAUAGGGACAAAGACGAAGUAGAAGAUGAUACAUCAUUGUCAUUAUCCCCAGAAGUGUGUUCUUCAAACAGUUCCCAUAGAGGUGGAGAACAAAAACUGGAAGAAGAGAAUGAUACUGUUGGUUUAUUAUCAACAUCCGCGCCUACAAUAAAUGCUGAAGAAAGUCCAGAUUCUGUUGAAGGGACUUUAGAGCUAGUUCAUCAACAAGAGGAACAGACGAAGGCACCUCAGGAUGAAAGAGAAGGCACUUCAGAAGCAGCAGCUGCUGCAGAAAACAGUAGCAGAAAUGAAUCAGAACAUAUAAUAGAAACUCCUUCUGUACAGGAAGAUAACAGCAAUGACAGUCAUGAAGCUGAUAGCACUUCCCAAGCUCAGAGCAACGGUGCGUUAAACCAGCCUGCGCCUUCUGUUGUUGGGACUCCAUCCUCGCCCAUCUCUUCCCCUUCCCCAUCUACGGACCCCUCCUCGGCUACAGUCCCGGAUCCUUCAGUUGCUCCGUCCAUAUCGUCACCUUCAGAUUCAGUAGCCCAUACCACCUCGCAAAGUUUACCUUCUGCCUCAUCUCCCCCUGCAGUUUCUGCGAGUACGUCAUCACCUCUCCAUGAGAGUUCCGACCCUACUAUAGACACUGGUGCUACUGCUUCAACUUCUUCCAGUAGCCCACCACACUCAGACUCAACAGUAGGUCAAGAACCAGAUAAUACUUCCUCAGGUAGCAGCAUAGUUGAACUUAAUAAUAAAGUUGAAAAGGAUAAUGGUAAUGUUAGUUGCUCAAGUUCUCAGCCAGAAGAGUCUGAAGAAAAGGACCAACUAAUGAAAUAAUUCUAAAUUUAGUUUAAUAAUAUAUUAGCAUAUUUUUAUAUCGAUUUAUUUUACACAGCUGUACCUGCCAUUCGGACACAGUUAUUCAACAAGAUAUUACGUAUCUACGUUUGUGACAGACACUGGUUUAUAGAUUUAUGGUGAUUUCGUGACUUUCUUACAAAUUUAGUUCUUUGUAAAGAAGAAACGUGAAAAUUUUGUUAUUUUAUAAUACUGAUUAUAAGUCAUCUCGUUGAAGUUAUAAGGAUAAUGUUUUCUUUUAUAUGUGAGUAUGCAUUUGAUGAACAUGCCUUGGAAGGUUCUCUGACACAGAAGUUACUUGAGAGUGAAUAUGAGAGGGAAGGUGCUUGUCACAUUGUGUGCAAUAGUCAUUUGUUGCCCUCAAUUGAGUAUCCUGUAUGUGUAUUAUUACAGUAGUGGGGAACGAAAGUUACAUGUCUUUCCUGUGUAAUUUUUUUGGAUAUUGGAGAAGCUGAAAUAUACUGUAAUGUAAUGUUGGUGUGUGUUAUGUGUUUAUUCCAUUAGUAUUCAUUAGAAACUGGGAUGUACUUAGUUCUCUAGGUAGAUUACUUUUGAUAGACAUAACCUAAGAACUGUAAUAUAAUUAUCUUAGAGACAUUGAAGAAUAGUUCAUUUACACUUCACUUUCCUAUGGGUUAUCAUCAAUGUAACAGUUGGGGAAGCAGUUUACAGUUUACCAGGACAGUAGUAGAUGAAUGUCUUUUUAAGUAUCAGUCGUUCUAUCAUGGAUUGGCAAGAGAAUGAAAUAUAAAGAUUUUAGCAUUCAUCACCGAAUUGUGCCACAGCUGUUAGACUUUUGGCUGAAAUAACGGUUACUUUUGUAUAUUUAUAUGACAACUGAUGAUUUCCUGCCUUGAUUUUACCUGGUAUAUCUCUGAUGCUGAACCCCUGAGGCGUUACAUAUGGUGUUUACAGUGUAUAGUAUUAAAUAGCACUGGACCUGUUCACUAUUUAACCACAUUUUUAGUAAGCUAGGGGCUGGUAGAAGACAAUUUAAUGCAAUAAUACUAUUUUGAGGGUAUGCUUUUUAAAUACUGAAAAGUGUGCACAUCUGCAGAUUGGGUUGGAAAGAUGUAUUAUUGAAGAUGUGAUCCACAGGUGAUGUAUAUUGUAUACAUAGGUUGUGCUUAAGGAUGCAUACAUAUGCAGGUUGUGCUUAAGGAUGCAUACAUGUGCAGGUUAUGCUUAUGAAUGCAUACAUGUGCAGGUUGUGCUCAUGAAUGCAUGUUUGUAAGAUGGUGCUCUGAGGAUAUGUGUUUGUAUAAGUUGUAAUUCAAAGUUACCUACGUGUACAACUUAAGAUCGAAGGAUGUGUGCUUGUAUAGGCUAUGAUCCUAGGAUACGUACAUGUUCGACUACAACCCAAAGAGGCUGGCUUUUGCAGCUUGUGGUCAAAGAGUGCACCUUAAUACAGCAUGUUCUCUGUGGAUAUUGGUUUAGGAGUUUGUUGCACGAGUCAUGAGCUACAGCGGUGAUUGUAUUUACCCAAUCAUGUUUCAAAAGUUUGUUUGGAAAUGAUAAGGAAGUUGCUAGGUCCAACUGUGCUACCAUCUGGCUGUAUAGUCAAAUGUCUCUAGCAUAAUAUAUUUCUAAUGGUGGAAAACUUGUCAACAUAAUAAACAUUAUCGUUAUUUAGAUAACCAAAUUUUAAUUUUCGUAAUCUAUAAAAAAAGUAUGGUUUCAUUUUUUUUGCAUCAGGAUGUAUGUUUUAUAGAGAAAUAUCCAAUAAAAUUAAGCCAGUA